CAGUUCACGCGUAGGGCGAGAGCUCCCGGGCAGCGGCGCUCAGCUCUUCAGUAGUGUUCUACGCCACUCGGUGUCGCGACCAGUCCCAGGCUAGGCUGCCAGACCGGGUGGACAAAUGUAGGCUGUUGUGUUGUGUGAACGGUCGUUGAUUACUUAGUGGAUUCAAGUGCCUGUGAUAUCCAGUAUUAAGACUUUCUCGCAGCGUCAUUGCGAAUUUUCGUUCACAGUCCGAUAAACCCACCCUACACAAAUGUCUGUGGACAAAGAGGAGUUGGUUCAGCGAGCGAAGCUUGCCGAGCAGGCCGAGCGGUACGAUGACAUGGCCGCUGCGAUGAAGGCCGUUACGGAGACAGGCGUCGAGCUCUCCAACGAGGAAAGGAACCUUCUAUCGGUCGCCUACAAGAAUGUUGUGGGUGCCCGGCGUUCGUCAUGGCGAGUUAUAUCGUCAAUUGAACAGAAGACGGAAGGUUCAGAGAGGAAGCAGCAGAUGGCAAAGGAGUACAGAGAAAAGGUCGAGAAGGAAUUGAGAGAAAUCUGCUACGACGUUCUCGGCCUGUUAGAUAAGUACCUUAUUCCAAAAGCAAGUAAUGCUGAAAGCAAAGUAUUUUACCUGAAGAUGAAGGGAGAUUAUUACAGGUACCUUGCAGAAGUUGCCACAGGAGAAAACAGGAAUACUGUUGUGGAUGACUCUCAAAAGGCAUACCAGGAUGCCUUUGAAAUCAGCAAGGCCAAAAUGCAGCCUACCCAUCCAAUCAGGCUGGGGCUGGCACUCAACUUUUCCGUGUUUUACUAUGAAAUCUUAAAUUCGCCAGACAAAGCGUGUCAGUUGGCGAAACAGGCAUUCGACGAUGCCAUAGCUGAACUGGAUACGCUAAACGAAGACAGCUACAAAGACUCUACCCUCAUAAUGCAGCUGCUGAGGGACAACCUCACUCUGUGGACCUCGGACACGCAAGGGGAUGGGGAUGAACCUCAAGAAGGGGGUGAUAACUGAUCUGGCCCUCCGCGAGAACCGUCAAAUCCCUGUUCCAAGUAACUGUAUUGAAAUCCUUCCUAUCUUCGUACCUGCUUCCAUUCCAGUCCUUCCCAAUUCCUGAUCCUUUACCCUUCGAUUUUGGUCAAAUCGGUAUAUUAUUAUUAUAAGGAAACAUUCACACAUCUACACGUGCAAACACAGUCUUCAGUCUACAAAGAAAAGGUUCGUUCACCUUUACAAGAAUUUUGAACAAGCCUUUCAGUAUGUGGCUUCCCUCUGUUUCUGAAAGAAAUGCUAGUGCAGCAUGCGAAUGGUUUUAAGAAAUCUACCUGAGUUGUGUUCCUAGCUGAACAUGACAUCAGAGCAUAGUAUCUUGCAGUAAUAAAAUUUUGGUUUCUCAUAGGCUACAUUAUGUAUGUUUGGAGUUGUGUUUUUGAAAUAUUUAUUGUGGAAAAGUGCAGAAGAUUAAAUUUGCUGCAAGGACACUUAACAUUGAUGUAGAAAAGUGCAUAUUAGUUGUGGAAACGGAUUUCAUUCCAGAAGCAAAGUAACCCACAAAAAUACUGUAACAGUGCAGUUGUAAUUUGUAUGUAAUUUUUGUCUUGUCAGAUUUGUCAUGGCAUUUUUUCUCUUUCUCAUGCUGUGGAGACUCACAAUGUUUUAUUAUUGCAUUGAAACAAUCCAUUUAACAAGCCAAAUUACUGAAAAAUCAAUGUGCGAAAUAAAAAUCAUAAAAUAAAA